UAACGUGUAUUAAAAAAAUUAUUAGUCAUAUAUAAUUUAUAUAAUUUAAUUAAACUAAUAAUUAAUUAUGCCUCGAAGAAAAGUAAAUCGUACAGUGGAAGAAGAAGAAGAAUUUCGACGUAAUAAACGAGAAAGAAGUGCAAAAACUCAGGCUGAAACGAGAAGCAAAGCGAAUGAUGACUGAUAAAAACUGUCAAUCUUUAUCAAAUACUAAUGAGAUUUUUCCAAAUAUAACACAACCUUCUACAAGCUUUUCGAAAAAUAUAGUAAUAGAUUAUCAUACUUCCAUUUCAUCUAUGAAAGUAGUAUAUCCAACAACUGAAACAGUUACUACUGCAUUGCAAGCAAUUAGUACAUCAACAAUUACAAAUGUCCCUAUAAUAAGAAAUAGUAAUGAUGUUAUUGCGAUAAAUGAUAGUAUAAAAUUGUUUAAUGUUAAUGAUAAUAUUGAAAUAACUCAGAAUACUCGCAACUUAACUACUGAAGUUUUAAAUAAUAAUAUUGUUUCCCCUAUACCUAGCACAUCAAAUGAAUUAAUAAAUUUAGAUGAUAAUAACAGAUUCGAAAAUUUAGUCAUUUUACAUGAAGUGCCACCGCAAAAUAUUGUAACAAAUGAUCAAACAGUAAAAUCAAAAACAAUAUCUACCAAUAUAGUUAAUAAAAGUAAACAGAUAAAAUGGUAUGAAAGAAACCGAGCUUUAGAAAAGGGAUACACAGAUAUUGAUACAUCUCACCUUACUCAAUUAAAAAAUGUCAUAGAACACUACAUAGGAGAAAUAAAUGCAUAUUGCGAACAUUGCGGUGCAAAACAUUUUAAUUCCGAAAAAGUAGCUAAUAAAGGUAAUUCAUUUAACGAUUGUUGUAGUCAUGGGUCUGUUAAAUUAAAUUCUUUACCUCAACCUUCACAUGAACUUUAUGAAUUGUUUACUGAAAAUCAUCCAAAAUCAAAACAUUUUUACAAUCGUAUUCGAGGAUAUAAUAACAUUUUUUCAUUUGCAUCUUUUAAUGCAAAUUUGUCAGACUUUAGCGCACAAAGACGUGGACCGUAUUGUUUUAAAAUUCAAGGACAAAUUUAUUAUCAAAUCAAUACCGCGUUAUAUCCCGCACCAAAUGAAAUACCAAGUUAUGGUCAACUUUUUAUCAUUGAUAACAAUGAAGCGACAGAGUGUCGAUUACAUCGAAACUCGAAUCUCGAUGAAGAAAUUUUACGUUCAAUAGAUAAUGUAAUACGUACGAACAACAUUUUUGCAAAAUCUUAUCGAAUGAUGCACGAAGAAAUUCAAGUGCAAACGACUGAAAAUAACAGUAUACCUAAUUUACAAUUAGGAUUUUUAACAAAAAGAGGCAUUGAUCGUGGUCGGUACAAUAUUCAAAAGGUAAAUGAAGUUGCAGCUGUCUUUUCUACUACGGCAGAUGGUGAAAUUCCGGAAACUUACGUGACAAUUUAUAAUAAAUGUAACAAGACAUUACAACAAGUCAGUACAAUGAAUCCAAAUGUAGAACCAUGGAUUUACCCAUUAUACUAUCCGUACGGUAAUCAAGGUCGGCAUGGUAAUUUACAACGCAGAGAUAGUAAUAAACGAAUAAGUAGAGCUGCAUACGUAAAAUAUCGAAUAGCUAUACGUGAUAAUUUUAAUAUUUUUGUCAUGGAAAGACGAUUAUUUCAGCAGUGGCUUGUAGAUAGUUAUGUUAAAAUUGAGAAGGACCGAAUUAAUUAUUGUAAACAGAAUCAAAAACAAUUACGAGCUGAGACAUAUCAAGGAUUAAUUGAUUAUUUAGCAAACGUUGCCAAUAAUAGCGACGCUCACAUUGGAAAAAUGGUUAUACUUCCAUCAACAUUUGUAGGUUCACCGCGUAAUAUGUUGCAACAUUAUCAAGAUGCGAUGGCUAUUGUUCGAAAGUAUGGAAAACCAGAUAUUUUUAUUACUAUGACUUGUAAUCCAAAUUGGUGCGAAAUUAGAGAGAAUUCACUUCCGGGUCAACAACCUGCAGAUAGGCCAGAUAUAUGUGCUCGUGUAUUUAAUAUAAAGAAAGAUUAUUUGAUUGACGUUAUCGUUAGACAAAAAUUUUUUGGUGAAGUUUUAGCAUAUGUUUACGUAAUAGAAUUUCAAAAACGUGGAUUACCACACAUACAUUUGUUGAUUACAUUAAAACGAAACUGUAAAAUAGUAAAUCCUGAAACAGUUGAUAAAUUUAUCUCUGCGGAAAUUCCUGAUCCUAAUGAAAAUGAAAGUUUACACAAUGUUGUUAUGAAACAUAUGAUUCAUGGGCCAUGUGGAGAUUGGUGUCUAAUAAAUGAUAAAUGUUCGAAACAUUUUCCAAAACCAUUUCGACCUGAGACGACUAUGGAUGAAGAUGGUUAUCCGCAAUAUCGUCGAAGAAAUAAUGGAUUGCUAUAUGAAAGACCUGGGCGUGCCGCAUGUUUAGCAUUAGGACUCAUAGAAGAUGAUGAAGAAUGGUAUCGUGCAAUGAACGAAGCAAAAGUUUGGAUGAUGCCAAGACGACUUCGUAACUUGUUCGUACGAAUUUUGAUUCAUUGUCAACCUGUUUAUCCGAAAAAGUUAUGGGACAAGUUUAAAAAAGAUAUGUCCGAAGAUUAUAUAAGACGAUUUGGACUUAUAAUGGGAAUAAAGAAAGCUUACAAUUAUAUUGACAAUUUGCUUCAAAUAGAAGGAUCUAAUAUUACUAAUUUUCCUGAAAUGGAACAAGAAACAGAGGAACAAGUAAUAAUAGACAAUGAAGAACAGAUUGAGGAGGAUACAUUGAUAGGUAUACGACAAUAUGAACAAUUAAGUGUAGAACAAAAACAAAUUGUUGAUAUUAUUUUAGAAGCAACAAUAAAUAACAAUAAUACUUACAAUAAUACUUGUUUUUAUAUUGAUGGUCCAGGUGGUACCG